AUGGUUUCAUAUGAACCAAAGAAUGGUCGCCAAGAGGGCUCAUAUAUAGGGACACCAGCAUGCUUUGAUAGUUAUGCUGCAUAUAGGGCUCCUCCCACAACGAAGCCUAGAAGUCCGUCUCAAAUUUCUGAUCGAGUCAUGUUUAGUACUACUUCUGAUCAUAUUUAUUCCGAUCCCGAAAACGUUCGUGAAGGCUCUAGAUCAAAAAAUUAUCGCAAUGUCCGCUCAUUCACUAUCCCCGAUCCGUCAAUACAAUCAUCUGAUUCGGGAAUAUCAAGUGCUCCUUCAUCACCUUCUAAAGUAGUAAAACAACAAUUUUCUGUUGUUAAUCCUGCUUUACUAUCAAAGGUUUCAGAUUCAUUUCGAGCCCGGAUUACUCUUUCAAAUAGAAUGAAGAAUAAUCUUGAAUAUAAAGAUUGCUUUGAUGGAAGAGAGGCUGUGGAUAAGAUCGCCUUUAUAAUAAAGACUACUGAUAGGAAUUUAGCUUUAUUACUUGGUCGUGCUUUAGACUUUCAAAAAUUUUUUCACGAUGUAACUUAUGAACAUCGACUUCGUGAUUCUCAGAAUGAAUUAUAUCAACUUAAAAAAAUGCCUUCAAUUUUAUCAUCAAGUGAUAAUUAUGAAGAUUCUGAAGAGAAUGACUUACCAACUGGGAUAAUUUAUGCUACAGCAUUGCUUGUCCUAGAAGAUUGGAACAGGCAACAUGCAAGAAAACAUAGGAUGCCAAAUCAAGAUCUUAACCGUUCAUCAAGUCGCGGUUCUAUGUCUGAUAGAAGAAAGGAUCAACCAUUAUGGGCCCUUACCGUUCCUCCUGAAAUUGCUAAUUCCGUUUCAGAAACGGAAAAGAAACGCCAAGAAGCUAUAAAUGAAUUAAUUUAUACUGAAAAGGAUUUUGUUAAUGAUUUAGUGUAUCUAAGAGAUUGUUGGAUGUUACCUCUUUUAUCUCAAAAUAUAAUUAUUGAAUUUCGGCGUGAGAAAUUUGUAUUUGAUGUUUUUUAUAACAUUUUGGAUAUUCAUUCUAUUAAUUCUAAACUCGGGGAUGCACUCCAAAAACGGCAAAUUUCAUAUGCAAUUGUUGAGCAAAUCGGAGAUAUCCUUUUAGAAUAUGUUCCAAAGUUUAGUCCUUUUAUAGAAUAUGGUGCACAUCAAUUAUGGGGGAAAUAUUAUUUUGAAAAUGAAAAGAAUAAUAAUCCAGCAUUCGCAAAAUUUGUUGAGGAUACUGAACGUCUUCCAGAAUCAAGAAAAUUGGAGCUUAAUGGUUAUCUAACAAAGCCUACAACUCGCCUUGGUCGAUAUCCAUUACUCCUUGAAGCUAUUCUUAAACAAACGCCCAAUGGUCAUCCAGAUAAAACUAGUUUACCAGUGGUAAUAAGCCUUAUUAAGGAAUUUUUAUCAAAGGUUAAUACAGAAUCUGGAAAAUCAGAAAAUCGGUUUAAUCUACAACAAUUAAAUGAUCAAUUAAUUUCUAAUGGAAGCGAAAAUAUUGAUUUGAAAUUGACAGAGGAAGGACGUCAGCUUAUCUUCAAGGGUUCAUUAAAAAAAUCUAAUGAGUCAUCUGAUAUACAAGUAUUUCUAUUUGACCAUGCUUUAUUAAUGGUGAAAAUUAAAAUUGUGAAUAAAGUUGAACAAUAUAAAAUUUACCGCAGGCCAAUUCCUAUUGAAUUAUUGAGAGUCUCAACAGAAGAGAGUUAUCCUGAAUGCAGUCGUUAUAGUCCGAAGCGGACACAUUCGCUCUUGCCGGGAAAGUCACCGACAACUAACCGUGGAGGUAGUAACCAUAGAUAUCCAAUAGCUUUUAGUUAUCUUGGAAAAAAGGGUUUUACAGAAAAUUUAUACGCAUUGACGUUGGUUAGUCGUAGAAGGUGGAUCGAGCUUAUAACAAAACAAAGAGAGAUUAUUGAUAAAAAUAAAUCGUUUGAGAAAACUAUUUUGAUAGAAAAAGGUCAAUUUUCCGAUUAA